UGGUGUGCAACUUUGUAUAUUUAAGCACCGUAUUCCUUUAGAGAACAUUUCUACACUUGCCAUUUUUGGAGAUAUUUCGAUUGUCAUCUAUAGUUUCAUUGAUAACUGGAGUAGAUCACCUUUAUGUAUUGACCAAUCAAAUGUCACAGGAUGCAGGAACUUGUUCUCAAACCAUUUAUCCGUUCCUUCAGAGAUUUCACAUCCAGUCAUCCAGCCUGCAUUGCCAUAUUUGGGUAGCAUUAAAGAAGAAAUAAGACCAGAUAUGGCUGUUUUGUUUCAUGGGGAACUUUCUGAACAUAGCAAAAGCUUUGAGAUAAAUCUUCUGACAGGUGAUUCUGAUUAUGAUGACAUUGCAUUUCACAUCAGUCCUCGAAGUGGUAGAUCUGUGGCCUUAAACAGCUUCAUAAAUGGCAGCUGGGAGACUGAGGAAUAUGCCUCUGACAAUCCCUUCAGCAAUGGAGCACCCUUUCAGAUGUUUUUUGUAAUCGGCUCAGAAGGCUAUGAGGUCUAUGUCAACAACUUGAAACACUGUACAUUCAAACACCGAAUUCCUUUGGAGAAAGUUUCUACACUUGGCAUUCGUGGAGAUGUUACUAUUAACUACUUUGGUAUUGUUAAAUUGAGGUCAGAGCACAGGAUCAGCCUUGAUACAGGACCCCUGAAGCAGAGAGGGUUAAGGGCCAUGUUUAAGGUCCUGAUAGUGGCAGCUUGUCAGUGUUGA